AUGAAGGCGAACAAAGAGAAUUCAAGCCCUUCAGUCCCAUCAGCAAACAUGGACCACAUAAAGCCAUGUUGGUACUGGGAUAAGAAGGACUUGGCUCAUACACCCUCCCAGCUUGAAGGACUUGAUCCAGCUACUGAGGCCCAGUACCGCCGAGAGGGGGCUAGCUUCAUACUUGAUAUGGGCACACAUUUGGGCUUACCCUAUGGCACCAUAGCAACAGGAAUCAACUAUUUUCAUCGAUUCUAUAUGUUUCACUCCUUCAAGCAAUUCUCACGCCAUGUAACAGGAGCUGCCUGUCUCUUUCUGGCUGGGAAAGUAGAGGAGACACCAAAAACAUGUAACGAUAUCAUCAAAGCAGCUCAUAGUUUAUUAAGUGAUGUCAAGUGUGGUGAGUUUGGAGAUGAACGGGUGAAAGAAGCCUUGGUGCUGGAGCAAAUCUUACUACAGACCAUACAGUUUGAUUUAGAAGUAGAGCAUCCAUACCAGUACCUCAGAUAUGCAAAGCAGCUCAAAGGUCAUAAAGAAAAAAUUCAGAAGUUGGUUCAAAUGGCAUGGACCUUUGUAAACGACAGUCUCUGUACCACCCUAUCACUGCAGUGGGAACCAGAGAUCAUAGCUGUGGGGGUAAUGUAUCUUGCGGAACAUUUGUGCAAAUUCAAAAUUCAAGCGAUGACCUCCAGACCCAUGUACAAAAGGUGGUGGGAAUAGUUUGUUCAAGAUCUCUGUGUUGACAUUCUGGAAGACAUCGGCCACCAAAUCCUGCAUCUUUACACACAAACAGAACAAGAGAGGCCUCAUCAUGCCCUUCCUCAGCUGCAGCAGCCCCCAUCCCUUCAGCCUGCACCACAAGUCCCACAGCCACACCCAUCGCGAGGCUCUGAGGCAGCACAGCCCCAGCAGAAGGACCAGCAGCAGCACCAGGAGCAAACACCGAAGCCCAAGACGCCGCCCCCACAGCCUAGUCCUCCAAGAGAAGCUGAGCACACCAUGGUGGAUUAUCCCGAGGAAGAGAACAAAGCCACAGCACCACCACCUAAAAUUCCCAGACAUGAGACCACUCCCCUACCCUUGCCUCCAGACUGGAAGCCUCCCAUUGCUCCUGCCUUAGGUGAGGCUGAUGCCGGCAACCCAGUGGCAGCAAGUGACCUCCCCAAAGUCCAGAUUCCUCCUCCAGCCCACCAGGCCCCUGUGUACCAACCACCAUCACUGGGGCCUCCACCGCCACUGCCCUACAGCUAUGUGACUGGGAUGUCUAGCACCAGCUCUUAUAUGUCUGGAGAGGGCUGCCAGGACCUGCAAUACAUAAUGGAAAGUGAGGGUCCCCACUACAGUGCUCUGUGCCCAGCCUAUGGCCCACGUGCUCACCUUCCCUACCAGCCCCAUGUCUACUCCCCCAACCCACCUCCACCUCCACCCCCUGUUCUUCCACCUCCAGCUUCCUUCCUCCCACCCAACAUUCCUACCCUCAUCCCAGGCUACCCUUCCACUCUCCCUCCCAACAACCCCAAUUUCCCACAGCCACCCAUUCAUGUAGGCCCUCCUCACCCUCUUCGAGGUUUGGUUUUUCCACGAGUCAGCUACCUGCCUGCUGCUAUUCCCCCUGAGGGGCAGCGCGCUGUUACCACACUUAUCCCCCACCUGGCACACUGCCUGUCAGGGGGACAGGAUGGAACAGCCCCAGCAGAAGGACCCACAACAAUUGACCCAGCUGUGCAGCAGCACCAGGAGCAAUCAGAGCAGCCCAAGACACCGCCCCCACAGCCUAGUCCUCCAAGACAGGAUAAGCACACCAUGGUGGAUUAUCCCGAGGAAGAGAACAAAGCCACAGCACCACCACCUAAAAUUCCCAGACAUGAGACCACUCCUCUACCCUUGCCUCCAGACUGGAAGCCUCCCAUUGCUCCUGCCUUAGGUGAGGCUGAUGCCGGCAACCCAGUGGCAGCAAGUGACCUCCCCAAAGUCCAGAUUCCUCCUCCAGCCCACCAGGCCCCUGUGUACCAACCACCAUCACUGGGGCCUCCACCGCCACUGCCCUACAGCUAUGUGACUGGGAUGUCUAGCACCAGCUCUUACAUGUCUGGAGAGGGCUGCCAGGACCUGCAAUACAUAAUGGAAACCCCUCCUCACCCUCUUCGAGGUUUGGGUUUUCCACGAGUUAGCUACCUGCCUGCUGCUAUUCCCCCUGAGGGGCAGCAUGCUAUUCCCCCUGAGGGGCAGCGCGCUGUUACCACACUUAUCCCCCACCUGGCAAGCUGCCUGUCAGGGGGAUAG